GAGAACACACAAUGUGGAGCGAGGCCCUGCCUGCCAGAGACAGACUCAGUCCUGGUAGAGACCCCAGCGGGACCCACCGUUCCCAAACUAACUCCAGUUCCACGUCAGCCACCGCCGGGAUGCUGCUACAUUACCCAAGCGACUGAAUAAAACCUCCUCGAGACUGGCUCCUCGGCUGCCACUGUCACACAGAGAGAGAAAGAGACAGAGCGAUAGAGGGGGAAAAAAGAGACAGAAAGAGAGAGACCACUGGUUCAUUAUUUCUUCCAGCCCCCCUCCAAUGAAACCGCACCUUGUUCCCAAGAGCACCAUCCACCAGCACAGAAAAUGGUUGGGAAGUCCCUGGUUGCUGGUCUGGUGGUCCUUCUGGUGGCUGCAGUGAGUCUGUUUCUGGGGGUGUUCAUGGGCCUGGGGAAGAAAAACACGCCUCCCCCUUCAGACCACUUCUACUCAAAGGCCGCUGUGGCUGCCGAUGCUGGAAAGUGCUCAGAAGUGGGGAGGGAUAUUCUGAAGAGAAAUGGCUCAGCUGUGGACGCUUCCAUCGCUGCCUUACUUUGCGUUGGCCUUUUGAACGCUCACAGCAUGGGCAUUGGGGGAGGGCUUUUCUUUGUCAUCUACAAUGCUUCCACAGGGAGAGUGGAAACCAUUGAUGCGAGAGAGACGGCACCAAUGAAUGCCACUGAAGACAUGUUUGGAAACAACACCAAGCUUUCUCGUACAGGUGGAUUGUCUAUAGCCAUUCCAGGGGAGAUCCGCGGUUAUGAGAUGGCGCACAAAAGGCAUGGCCGGCUUCCAUGGAGGGAGCUGUUUGAGCCCAGCAUUGCUUUGGCUCGUCAGGGGUUCCCCAUCGGAAAAGCCUUGGCUCAUGCCAUCUUCAAGAGCAGAGACUCCAUUCAAAGAGACGCCAACAUGUGCGAGGUGUUUUGUGACUCUCGAAAGAACAUCCUGAAAGAAAACGAUAUCCUUAAAUUCCCCAAACUGGCCGACACGUACCAGAGAAUAGCAGACGAGGGGCCGGAUGUGUUUUACAACGGAACGCUGGCGCGGACCAUCGUUGAGGACAUCCGGGCAGCAGGAGGCAUCAUCACCCUGGAGGAUUUGAUGGAGUACCAGCCUGUGCUGAACGAGGACCCUCUGAAGCUGAAUGUCGGGGAAUACACCAUCCACAUCCCCGACGCCCCCUCCAGCGGGCCCGUGCUGGCUCUCAUCCUCAACAUAGUGGACGGAUACAACUUCUCAGACACAAGCGUCUCCACAGCAGAGAAGAAAACACUUACAUACCAUCGUAUCGUGGAGGCGUUUCGUUUCGCCUACGCCAAGAGGAGCAGACUGGGGGACCCGAGAUAUCUCAACAUCACUGAUCUAAUCCAAAACAUGACCUCGGACUACUUUGCCGAUGGCAUAAGGAAUAAAAUCACAGACGACACCACCCACCCAGACAGCUACUACGAGCCGGACUACUUUGUCCCGGACGACCACGGGACGGCCCACCUGUCAGUCAUCGCUGAGGACGGGAGCGCCGUGGCCGCUACCAGCACCAUUAACUUAUACUUUGGGUCUAAAGUCAUGUCUCGGUCGACUGGAAUCAUUUUCAACGAUGAAAUGGACGACUUCAGCUCUCCGUACAUGACCAAUGGAUUUGGAAUCCCUCCGUCACCCAACAACUUCAUCCAACCAGGAAAGAGGCCACUCUCCUCCAUGUGUCCUACGAUCAUAUUUGACAAAGACGACAGAGUGAAAAUGGUUGUAGGAGCCUCAGGCGGCACAAAAAUCACAACAGCCACCGCCUUGGUCAUCCUGAACUCUUUGUUCUUCAACUAUGACUUAAAGAAAGCGGUAAUGGAGCCGAGAGUUCACAACCAGCUGAACCCCAACAUGACCGUGGUGGAGCAGGGCUUUGAAAAGAGUGUCCUGGAGGGGCUGGCCCUGAAGAACCACAUAACUCAACUGCUGAGGACUCCGGACUCCGUGGUCCAGGCCGUGGUGCGGCAGGGAGAGCGUCUCUGUGCCGAGUCCGACCCCAGGAAAGGAGGCUACCCAGCCGGAUACUGAGCAUCCCCUCGCGUUCUUCUCCCACAGCGAGGACGCUUUCAAGAGACUCGGACAGAAUAACCAGCGAUAACACAAGUCUGCACCGAGGACUGGAGCUGUGUUUCAGCUGUGGAGACGCCAUCGCCUUCUCUACGUUUACUCCCAGAUGGACAUUUGACUUCAUUUCAAUACCUCUUUAAUCAAACCCAGUUAUUAAGCAUCACUUCUUUUUGACAUUAUCUUAUUGUUUUGAAGUAAAGUAAGAGGUUUCACCUGCUUUGACUCUUGUAUCAUCAAUAGCGGAUACCAGUCAAGAAGGUUUGGAGGACUGAAGUAGAAACCAGAGUUUCAAACUGCAUCUGCUCUCAGCAGCUAGGGUUGCAAAAUACUGGGA